UGUUUAUUGCUAGAUGGUGUCAAAACCCUACGUCAAACGGCAUUCUCGAAGUGUAUAUAUAUGGUGUUUGUGUACCUCGUCAAGAUGAAGAGAGCAUCAGUCGUAGAAUUUUCUUUCUCAUUUCCAUAUUCUUUUCUCUUCGUUCGCUCUAUUGGGCCCAGCUGACACUCCUUUGACCCCCCCUGUGGUUCAUUGAUACUAUUACCAUUAAGCCUUUUUGAUAACCUGAUCCAAGUCGGGCAAAAUGAGAUUCGGAAGCAUCCUCGCCAUCCCCCUCCUGGGCAGCGUCCCUGUCUUCGGUGCUGCGGUCAACGAUGUCGCAAAGCGUGGUCACCACAAUGCUUGCGUUGCCCCAGGCGGUGGAGUCGUCAAGGUCGUGAAGGUCAUUAUCGUUGACCCCGUCUACAUCAGCACCUACUGCGAAUCCAACACAGUCCUUACCAUCUACAACGACAUUACCUACAGCGUUACCAACGCCCCAACCACGGUCAUUGUGAACACUUAUGCGACCAGCACGACUACUAUCACGACGACUGAAACCGAAACUGAGACUGAGACGGUUAUCGCCGCUCCCACUAUCUCGCCUUCCACCAGUGUCUCUCAAGUGGUGAACUCGUGGACCAAAACUGCUGCCGGAACUACUUACCCUGCCUCGAGCUCAACUCCUGCCUACACGCCCGUCCCGUCUGCCAACCCUGAUCCUAUCCGCUAUCCUGUGAACAGCACCAUCACCGUCCAGCAGGGCCAGACUGUCUGCGGUGAAAACACGGUCUUGUCCUGCUGCAACAAGGCCACCUACUCCGGUGACACCACCAACAUCGACUCUGGUAUCCUGGGUGGUCUUCUCUCUGGCCUCAUUGGCGGCGGCUCCGGCUCCGAGGGUCUCGGUCUCUUCGACCAGUGCAGCAAGCUACCUCUCGACCUCAACAUCAUCGGCGUUGGUGUCCAGGAUUCCCUCGACUCCCAGUGCAAACAGAACGUCGCAUGCUGCCAGAACAGCCCGUCCGAGGCCACCGGUCUCAUUGCUCUUGGCCUUCCUUGCAUUGCUCUUGGUUCCCUCCUGUGAAGAAGGGUAAAAAAAAAAAGAAACAAGAUAUGUGGAUAUUAUUAUUUCCAAUUGGUCUCGUCCUUCAUUCAAGUAUAAUUUAUUUAUAAUUUUUCAGCCGUUAUCUUGAUGUUCUCCAAUUCCAAUCGAGGGCGUCUAAAGCAGUAAUGAAUACCAUACCGCAUCUGCUAUAUAAUAUAUAACUAAAGCCCGACUUGGAUCUGGGAACAUGUUUCUUAUUUUUAUUUUUAUAUUUUAUAUUUUAUUUUUUAACAUAGGAUUAAUGUAUGCUUCUUACCUUAACAUAACAUACCAAGGCACGAGGAGAAGACUAUAUUUAUCUCACGGUGCUAAUUAUUAGUAUUUUAGGGGGGGGGAAAUUC